AUGAGUGAUAACUCCAUUGUUGGUGUUGUUGCUGUUGCCUCUGGAAAUUUUAACACCCGUGACCCAUACAUAACUAGUGCUAAUGGCUUGCCCUCUCCAAUUACUGGUGAGGGCAUAAUCUCUCUCACUCCUACUCUAUCCUUGUCUCCUGCGUUACCAGUUCCCAAUAUCCAUUUGUCAAAGACAAACAACAAAUUUGGUUAUGGCAUCGUCGCUUGGGACACCCGUCAUUUGGCUUCCUUAAGCAUCUGUUUCCAUCUUUAUUCUGCUCUUGCGAUGAGUCUAGCUAAGUGUGAGAUAUAUAUUUUGGCCAAGAGUCAUCGCACUAUGUUUCUUUUGAGUGACAAUAAAGCUACAAAGCCUUUUGAUUCACUGCAUUCUGAUGUGUGGGGUCCGGCUCAUGUUACUUCGAACGGAUUUCGUUGGUUCGUCACAUUUAUUAAUGAUUGUACCCGACUCACUUGUGUUUUCUUGUUGAAAAAUAAGCAUGAUGUUGCUUCCAUCCUUUCAGAGUUCUAUACUAUGAUGUCUACUCAUUUUCAUGCUCGGGUCAAAGUAUUCCGGACUGAUAACGGAGGCGAAUAUGUGAAUAACACUUUGGCAUCUUUCUUCCAUGCUCAAGGUAUUAUUCACCAAACGACAACCCCAUUUACUCCUCAGCAGAAUGGUGUGUCUGAACACAAGAAUCGUUAUAAGUGCUAUCAUCCACCUACCCAGAAGGUGCAUGUUACUUUGGACUUGACUUUCUAUGAAGAAGUGCCCUAUUAUGUCUCUACCUCCUCUUCAAUUCAGGGGGAGAUGGGGAGUGAAUUGGAGAGUCUUAGAUUGAAGAAUGAUGUGUUUGAAGAUACUGCUCUCGGGAAGGAAACGAUGUGUCACACUGAAGCAAGUGACUGGUUGCCCUUAUCUGAAUAUGAAACUUGUGGUCCUUGUGAAGAAACAACUUAUCGCCCUUCGGAACUCGACCAGUCGCCCAUAUCUGGAGAUGAAGCAGGUGCUCUCGAUGUCGAAAUGACCGGUCACACUAAAGCAAGUCACCAGUCGACUAUAUCUAAAAAUAAUGACAAUGAUUCUUGUAUGGAUGAGUUCGAUGCAAUACCCCCUCUACCCUGCCAGUGCUCCAAUCUACUCGUAAUAGCGAAUCAAGUGAGAUGGGUGUUUACAUUGAAGCAUAAAGCUGAUGGUUCCAUUGAUCGUUACAAGGCUAGAUUGGUAGCAAAUGGUUAUACUCAGACCUAUGGAGUGGAUUAUUUGGAGACCUUUGCUCCAGUGACAAAACUCAAUAUUGUGUGUAUACUCUUGUCCCGGGCUGCUAACCGCGACUGGCCCUUAUUACAAUCUGAUGUCAAAACUGCGUUUCUACAUGGUGACCUCAAGGAAGAGAUUUACAUGGAUCUCCCUCCUAGUAUUCCUGUAACCUCUAAGGAGGGUAUUCUAUGUAAGCUGCGGAAGUCUUUAUAUGGAUUGAAACAGUCUCCAAGAGCGUGGUUUGGGAGAUUUGCAGUAUCUAUGAAGAAAUUUGGGUAUGUGCAGAGUAACUCAGACCAUACUUUGUUUCUAAAGCGUCAUAAAGGUAAAUUGACAGGUUUAAUUAUUUAUGUUAAUGAUAUGAUUGAGACUGGAGAUAAUCAGGCAAAAAUGCAAAAUCUUCAUAAGUAUCUAGCUUCCGAAUUUGAGAUGAAGUCAUUGGGUGAUUUGAAGUACUUUCUUGGGAUUGAAGCUGCCAGAUCUAAACAUGGUAUCUUUCUGUCUCAAAGAAAGUAUAUUUUGGAUUUACUUGUAGAGACUGGAAUAUUAGAUUGUAAACCAAUUGAUACCCCUAGUGAACAGAAUCAUAAGUUGAGGUUGUAUCCUAAUCACGUCCCUACAGAUAAAGAGCGUUAUCAACGACUUGUGGGGAAAUUGAUUUAUUUAUCUCAUACAUGUCCUGAUAUUGCAUAUGCAUAUGAUCAUACAGAUGUGGAAGGUUAUACGUAUGCUGAUUGGGCUGGUUCAAUCACUGAUAGACGUUCUACGUCUGGGUAUUUCACAUUUGUUGGUGGUUAUAGGGGCCUUUUUCUUCUGGUAGCUACAAAUGGGCUCGACUGCCAUGAGGAGCAAACUGAAGAAAAUAUCCCCUGUGUCUGA